AUGUCUUCGUCAGAACAAUCGCUCCAGGCUAACCUUGCCUACGAGCCUCAAGUCCUCAAGUUCGGCACCAGUGGUCGACGUGGCUUGAUCGUCGAUCUGACCCAACUAGAGAUUUACAUCAACGUCCUUGGUGAAAUCCGCUAUCUCCAGUCGAUUGCGCCCUCCGAUGGAGGAAUUACACGUGGCGACGACUUUUAUUAUGCCUACGACCUUCGUCCUAGUUCAAUCAACUAUGUUGAGCCAAACCGCGGCGGGCUUUGCCAGGCAGUUGAGAAGGCCCUGAAAGAUGCGGGUAUGCGCCCCAUCAGCCUAGGCGCUAUCCCCACACCAGCUCUCACACUUUUUGCACUACAAAGGGGCAAGGGAAGCAUUAUGGUCACAGGUAGCCAUAUUCCCUUCGAUCGCAAUGGCUACAAAUUGAACACCUGCCAAGGAGAGCUGUUGAAGAAGGACGAGCAGCCUAUCAACGAGUCUGUUGAGGUCGCCCGGAAAGAGCUUCUUGCCCAACCAUUUGAGAAGUCUCUUUUCAAUGAACAGGGCAUGCUUCGGUCUGCCACCGUCACUCUUGAGACCCCAAUCCCCGAGGGCAAGAGUGAAUAUAUUCAACGCUACCUUGAUUUCUUCAAGGGUGAUACUCUCCAAGGCAUGAAGCUACUGGUCUACCAACAUUCUGCUGUUGGUCGCGAUCUCAUCGUAGAGCUCCUUGAGCUGCUUGGUGCCGAGGUCCUCCCUGCAGGCCGCAGUGAGACCUUUGUCCCCAUCGACACCGAAGCCAUUGACCAGGCUCAACUCGACACUGUCCAAAACUUGUCUGACAGCACAGGACAAACUUUUGAUGCGGUCAUUUCAACUGAUGGCGAUAGUGAUCGUCCCCUUCUCCUGGCUCCAGAGGAGAACAAGCUCCGCUUCUUCAGCGGAGAUCUCCUGGGCAUGGUCGUCGCUGAAUUCCUCGGUGCCGACGCAGUCGUCGUUCCCAUCAGCACCAACGACGCUAUCGACCGUGGCCCACUCGCCCCUGCUUUGGAGCCCAAGACCAGAAUCGGAAGCCCCUACGUUAUCGCCGGUAUGCAGGAUGCAGCUAAGAAGGGGCGCAAGCGCGUCCUAGGAUGGGAAGCUAAUGGUGGUUUCCUCACUGGCUCCGAUAUCGAACUCGAUGGCCGAAAGCUCCCCGCUCUACCCACACGUGAUGCCGUACUCCCCCUUCUAUGUGUUCUCUUCGCCUCGCGCAAGAAGCAAACCAACAUUCCUACUCUUUUCAAGUCAUUGCCUGCCCGAUUCAGUCGUGCCGCGGUGAUUCGGAACUUCCCUCGGCCAACCAGCGCAAAGAUCGUAGCGCGUCUUUCUCCCCUGAACAAACAACAUCAUCAGGUUGCAUAUUCUGAGGGGGCUUCCUCACCAUUGGACUCGCAGGGUAAUGACCUACCAAUGUCCGUUGGUGAUGCUAAGCACGUCAUUCAGAUCCGCCAGGAGCUUCAGCAGGUGUUCUCUGCCGAAGCUGGCUUCACGCCGCUCAAGCUGACGAACUACACCGAUGGCGUUCGCAUGACUUUUGAAAAUGGCGAUGUUGCGCACAUGCGACCUUCAGGUAACGCUGAUGAGCUGCGGAUAUACUCUGUUAGCGAUACACAGGCUCGUGCAGAUGAGAUUUGUGAACAAGGGAUUAUGGAGCCUAAUGGCUUGUUGAGGCAAUUGGCAAGCUUGGUUUAG